AUGGCUGCUGCGUCUUCGUCGGAUGCCGACAGCGGCAGAGCUGAGAGCAGUGAAGCCAGUUCGAAAUGGCUGGAUGCACACUACGACCCCAUGGCCAACAUCCACACCUUUUCCGCCUGCCUGCAGCUGGCAGAUUUGCAUGGGGACGGGGAGUACAAGCUGGUGGUGGGGGACCUUGGCCCAGGUGGGCAGCAGCCCUGCCUGAAGGUGCUUAAAGGGCCCACAGUGCUGAGCGAAAGCCCGCUACCUGCCCUGCCAGCCGCUGCUGCCACCUUCCUCAUGGAGCAACACGAACCCCGGACACCAGCGCUGGCACUCGCGUCAGGCCCUUGUGUGUAUGUGUAUAAGAAUCUCAGGCCCUACUUCAAGUUCAGCCUGCCCCAGUUGCCUCCAAACCCCCUGGAACAGGACCUUUGGAACCAGGCCAAAGAGGACCGGAUUGACCCCCUGACCCUGAAGGAAAUGCUGGAGGGCAUCCGGGAGAAGGCAGAGGUGCCUUUGUCUGUACAGUCACUCAGGUUUCUGCAGCUGGAGCUGAGUGAAAUGGAGGCAUUUGUGAACCAGCACAAGUCCAAGUCCAUCAGGCGGCAGACAGUCAUCACCACCAUGACCACCUUAAAGAAGAACCUGGCUGACGAGGACGCUGUGUCCUGCCUGGUGCUGGGCACUGAGAACAAGGAGCUCCUGGUGCUGGACCCAGAGGCCUUCACUGUUUUGGCCAAGAUGAGCCUACCCAGCGUCCCUGUCUUCCUGGAGGUUUCUGGCCAGUUCGAUGUGGAGUUCCGUCUUGCUGCUGCCUGCCGCAACGGGAACAUCUAUAUGCUGAGAAGAGACUCCAAGCGCCCCAAGUACUGCAUCGAGCUGAGUGCCCAGCCUGUGGGGCUUGUCCGGGUUCACAAGGUCCUGGUGGUGGGCAGCAACCAAGACAGCCUGCAUGGCUUCACCCACAAGGGUAAGAGGCUGUGGACAGUGCAGAUGCCCGCGGCCAUCCUGACCAUGAACCUCCUGGAGCAGCGCUCCCGGGGCCUGCAGGCCGUCAUGGCCGGACUGGCCAACGGAGAGGUCCGCAUCUACCGUGACAAGGCCCUGCUCAGCAUCGUCCACACGCCAGAUGCAGUGACCAGCCUUUGCUUUGGCCGCUACGGGCGGGAAGAUCACACCCUCAUCAUGACUACACGAGGUGGUGGCCUGAUUAUCAAGAUCCUGAAGCGCACAGCAGUGUUUGUGGAGGGGGGAGGUGAAGCAGGUCCCCCACCAGCCCAGGCCAUGAAACUCAACAUGCCCCGAAAGACCCGGCUUUAUGUGGAUCAGACACUGCGAGAGCGGGAAGCUGGCACCGCCAUGCACCGGACCUUCCAGGCAGACCUCUACCUGCUGCGCCUCCGGGCCGCCCGUGCCUACGCGCAGGCCCUCGAGUCCAGCCUGAGCCCCGUGUCUGCAACGGCGCGGGAGCCGCUCAAGCUGCACGCUGUGGUUCAGGGCCUGGGCCCCACCUUUAAGCUCACCCUUCACCUGCAGAACAUCUCAACAGCCCGACCCAUCCUGGGGCUGCUGGUCUGCUUCCUGUACAACGAGGGGCUCUAUGCUCUGCCCCGGGCCUUCUUCAAGGUCCCCUUGCUGGUGCCAGGGCUCAACUACCCCCUGGAGACCUUUGUGGAGAGUCUUAGUGACAAGGGCAUCUCAGACAUUAUCAAGGUGCUGGUGCUCCGAGAAGGCCAGAGCGCACCCCUGCUCAGCGCCCAUAUCAACAUGCCUGUGAGUGAGGGGCUGGCAGCUGCCUGA